AUGGGAAGAAAGAAGAUUAAGAUUCAAAAGAUUACUGAUGAAAGGAAUCGUCAGGUUACUUUCACAAAGAGAAAGAAUGGAUUGAUUAAGAAGGCAAUGGAGUUGGCAUUAUUAUGUGAUACAUCAGUCACUUUGGUCAUUGUAAAUAACUCACCAAAUGCCAAGGAGAAGUACUUCCAGUAUGUCAGCUCAGACUUGGAAGCGCCACUCAACACCAUCCCAGACCUUGGAACUGAAAUAUCACAAUUCUAUGAUGAUGAUUCAUAUGACAAGAUAUUUACAAAGAGGGAUAAACUGGAUAAUCAUGAUGAGAUACCACAUGAUAGUCAUUCAAGUGGUGAUGCACAUUCAUCACCAUUGAUGUCUCCAUCACAAUCACCAAGUAUCCAACCACUACAUAGUGUAUCGUCCAAGUCAACAUCAUCAUCAACAUCCAACAACAAUCAUUAUCAUCCAUAUUCCACGUCGACCUCAACAACAACUAGAAUGACAAAGAACAAACAACAAUCAGUACAACAUCAAACUCAAACAAAUAUUCAGCCACCACUUUCACCAAAGCAGCAACAACAACAACUUCAACAAGUACCACAAGCCUUUGAUUCAAACUUGGCCACUCAGGCACUGCUCUCACUCACACAUCAGUCACCGACCAAGACCAUACCAGCGCAUCCAUUACCAACACCAACAACAAGUGUGUCUACAUCAAAUCAAUCACCGACCUCAUCCAACUCAACAUCGCCAUCAUCUUCACCUAGAGUUGCAUCAUCAACUCCUCCUUCAAUAUUACUCGAGGCAUCCACUUCCACUCCACCAGCCAUCAGUUCUCCAACCUUAUCAUCCCUGUUUUCAGGAGGACAUGGCUAUGACAAUGUCACAUCCUCUCCAAUUUUCAUGCCAACCUCAAGUCAUGGUCAUGGUCAUUCACAUUCAAAUUCAAUCAAGGUCACAAACGAAUCAAUAUCCAUUUUAUUGAAUCAUAGUGGAGACAAUGUAUCCAAUAGUUGUAGGCCGCUGACGACAGUGGCAGCAUCACAAUCGACAUCACCAUCAUCACUAUUCACACUACCACCUCUACACGACUUCACACUCAAUCGACAUCUUCCACCAAUGUUCAACAAUACUCAUCAUAGAGAUUAUAACAUCAAUGUAUAA